GAUAGCAGACCGCAUAAGCGCAUAAGACAGCGGAGAUCACCGCAUACAUGUACGCUUCGAUAGAACACGGGCCGCUACAUUAUCUUUCGUAAGGUAGUGACAAGCUUGAAUGGAGAAACACAAGUAAAACAGUGCGUACUUACGUGUGUGUCUCUGUGUCUGUGUGAAGUACUAGCAAAGGGACAGAAUCCGGCAUUAUACCGGAGAACGAACGGAGAAGCAGUAGAAGCUGUCUCUGCUGAUUUAUUUCCUGCGAGAAUUGCAACGGUAACAUUCAAGAUGGAGAAAUCUACGGCCACCGCUCAUCCGGCAUCGGCCGCCGGGCCUAAGGUGUCACAGAUAGCAAACCUAUUCCAGCGCAAACCCGUCGAACUGACGCAGGAGAUACAAACGCGCGGUGACAGACCACCUACCGACAGUACUGCCGCAACUCACUCCCCAACGGCGACAGUCGUGCGGACAGAAUCGCACGCCGCACGUUUCAACAACGCUCGCGCCCUGUUCGAGAAGCUCGGUGAGGGGCGCGUUAAUCGCCCUCCGCCCUUCAGUAUUAAAAUGUCACAUUCCAGCAGCAAGGAGGACAAUCUGUCCGAUAUCGGUUCCGGACCGGACCGAUCACCGUCGCCAAAGAGAAAGCAACUGCACGGCCAGCAGCAGCAACCCCCGUCAGCGAUCAGCAACGGCAUUGGCAAGCUGGACUCGAAUCGCAUCCUCAACCAAUCGCGGCUAAAGUCGGAAAAGCCAGAAAAGCCGGAAAAACCAGAACGGAAGUUUAAUUCCCGUGAGCUGAUCGAAAAGCAAAAGAACUGGACGUCACACUUCUCGAAGACGCGCACCACAAAGGGUGGCGGUGGGAGUGAAUUCAAUCGGUGUGACAUCAUCCGGACGGUGCCGGGUACGGGGAUCAUUGCUGGGGCCGGAUCGAACACGGUUACCACUGCGGCAGCAGCCGCGGCUGGUUCCGGGCCAACCACAAACGGAAACUAUUCAGCCAUUCCAAAUGGAAGUUCGAAGGAGCAGCUCCCGUUCGUUGCGGAACGGAACGGACCUGCUCUUAACCAUGGGCAUGCGCCCUUAAUUAGCAGCCACCAUCGGCUACCAUCUCCUAGUGAACCUCCACCGAGCCCACCAAAGCGCCAGACGCCUCCGCCGCCACCACCGGAGAAAGGGCCACGGACGGCUAAUUUAAGACAGAACUCAUUCCCGAGCCCAACAAAGACACCGCCAGCGGUUCCACCGCACGCCACCGAUCCAAGCUCCCUUAGCCCAACCAAGCUGAGCCCGGAGAAGCUAAAACCGCCACCGCGACAGGCAGAACCACCGCCGGUAAAUGCAACCCCGCACGCUAACUUGCCCCCGAUUGCACCUGUGCGUAGUAGCACCACGGUGCUAACCACGGUAAAUCACCACCAACAACAGCAGCAAACUGUCGGUGGCACCAGUAUCGAACAACAGGUGCCACCACCUCCGCCGGAGAAAGCAGUCCGGAAGAAAUCGCUCGAGGGCAAUCUGGACGAACGGCAGCCGGGGCUACCGGUGGGUAAUGGAGGUAGUGGUGCUGCAAAUUUCAAGUAUCCCGAACUUGGAGCCCUUGCCCGAAGGCAAUCGUCCGAGAAGGAUACCGGAUCGGGUGGUCUAACGUCACCCGCACAUGCCAUCAGCUCUUCGCCCAGCCCGGGUGCGAGUGCAUCAUCCGGCCCUUCUUCGCCGAUUCACACCGAGGACGAAAAGCAGGAGAAUGAAUCGACGGAAAAGUUGAUGAAGGUUGGCAGCAGUGAGCGGGAAGAUUCACGCGCCGAAGACUCACCUCUGGCGAACGACACGAAAACGGUAGAGGAACUAAAUGGAAAAUCCUCACGAACAGACGAUGAACAUUCCGGUGAGCAACAGCAACAGCAACAGCAUGGCGGUGUUACACGCCGCACGAAGGUGUCGAGCAUUUGUUUUGACGUUCCAGCCGCUGGGCUUGGUAACCGUCCGCCGAGUAUCAUCAGUAGCUCAACCACCACGGACGAAGGUGGCUUCAACGAACCGUCGCCCGAAAUCAAAGCCAAACUUAAACCGGCCUAUGAGUUUGAUCUCCCAUUGCCCGCGUCCCCGCCACGUAAGCUUCCGAUCGGCGAGGAUCGCUCGCCAGUCGGUAGUCCAGCGGAAGCGAAACUGACGUACGCCGAUUUGGGCUAUCGGGUUCGACCGGACGGUACGGAAUGUGAUGAAAUCUACGGCGAGGUGGAUGUGUAUCGAAGUGCCAACGCAAACAGCAGUAUUAACGGAAAGCCACAACCGGGCGGCGUUCCCAGCAAAGUGACGGCCCAUAACCGAUCUCAACCUUCCGGAGCGAGCGGUAACAGUAUGCUGAAUGGGCAAGGUAGUACGCAGUUGGCCGAACCGCAGGUGGCUGGUGUCCCAUCGGCCAUUACCAAUGGUCGCACCACGUCGACCGAUCGUGUACUUUACGCAUCCAUCCUACCGUCCUCGAUCGGUGACAACAGCUCCACAACUACGACCGCCACCGAUAGUGAGCUGGCGUUUAUGGAUGGUGAACGCGACGAGGCCAAAAUCCUGGACUUUGACGAGCUAAGCGAGAUGGGUGAGAAGGGUUACCAUAGCGCGCAGAUACUGCUCGAUCCGACACGAACCACGCUCAGUGAGAUGGAGGAUGAUUACAGUACGAAAACGUUACCCGAUCCACCGUCCCUUGCCUCGAUGAGACCACCUCCGAUUCCGGAAGGGCCACCGCUGGAUCUGCAAGACACGCUGAAGUUCGCGGAUGCUAGCGAUAAUGAACAGGACAGCCUGCUACCUGACGAGAUGACGGCGGAUGAAGCUGAGCGACUGCUAAGCUCCAGAAUAUUGGAGAACAAGAUCAGACAACGACCGCUGCUCUCAGAUGAACAGGCACGAGAAGUGGAGCAAAUUCUCCUCAAUAAUCAAGCCAAAGCGGAAACGGAAGAACCAACCGCACGGGUAGUGGCAAGUACCCGCCAACAGGUACCGUCCGUCCCGGAGCGUGAACCUACAAAUGGGUUGGCCGCCAAACCUCCACAUCAAUCGCAGCUUCCAUCGGUACCGGUAUCGCAAAAGCAGGCCCCAACGAGUGCCACCGCGGACGAGCCUGAUUGGUUGAAGGAUGUUCUCGAGGCACCGAGGAAUGUAACCUCCUCAACGUCUACGGUGGGAUCUUCGAUGCGUGAUAAACCUCCGCCACCACCACCACCAACCAGCGCUAGCAGAAACAAUUCCACCACUAGUCAGCCGGAGGAUGGGAGCAUCGGCAACAACACGACCUGCGAUUUGCUUAACCAAACCAUUCUCGAUUCCUCGUCCAUCCUUGCCGAUUCGUACGUCGAUACUGGUGAUUCGAUACCGAGCGUUACAACCACCACCUCGGACAGUAUCAAUCUGAGCAAGCAGGAGGAAUCUGCGGGUGAAACGGGUGUAAUAGAAGACGAUGGGGAGGCAACACAAGAGGACGAAGGUCAGGAUGACGAGAAGGAUCGUCAAGGAGCGGUACACCGACAGCAUGUAAUCGGUGUUGAGGCUGUCAGUGAGGCAGACGUUUCCGCCGACGAUGAGUCGAACAAUUCGGCCGGGUUCUACAUUCCCGAGUAUCCGCCCAUACGCUGCAAGGAGGUGUACGUUAAUCCGGACGGGGUGCAUUUCUUUGAGGAUGGUAACUUCUGGAUGGAGGUACCGGGACUGAUAGAGGCGGAACGUGAGCACGAUGAUGAUGAUCUGCGUGGGUACGUGAAAAAGAACACAAAGGUGAAAUUCAGCUCCAACCCGAUGCAGGUGUUUUCAACGUUCUCGGUGAAUGAUUACGAUCGACGGAAUGAGGACGUCGAUCCGGUGGCUGCUUCGGCAGAGUAUGAGCUGGAGAAGCGUGUCGAAAAGAUGGACGUCUUCCCGGUGGAACUGAUGAAGGGACCUGAGGGUUUGGGAUUGAGCAUAAUAGGUAUGGGUGUCGGAGCGGACGCUGGCUUGGAGAAGUUGGGUAUCUUUGUUAAGACCAUUACGGAUAAUGGUGCAGCAGCGCGUGAUGGAAGAAUACAGGUGAACGAUCAAAUAAUUGAAGUCGAUGGUAAAAGUCUAGUCGGUGUAACGCAAGCGUACGCAGCGUCCGUUCUGCGUAACACUUCCGGGUUGGUACGGUUCCAAAUUGGACGCGAGCGAGAUCCAGAAAAUUCGGAAGUGGCCCAGCUUAUCCGCCAAAGCUUGCAGGCAGACCGCGAGAAGGAGGAACGCGUUAAACGACAGCUGGAGGAUUAUAUCCGUCGAAAUGCAGAAAUCUCCGAAGAUAGUACAUUACCGGUAUCGGCAAACUCCAGCGUAUCGGAAGGUCCGGUCAGUCCGACGACGAAUGCAGCCGAAUCACUGUUCGAAACUGAAGCUGCAAGAAGCAGUGACGUUGAGUCGUUGCGCCGGAUCCUACAGGAGAACCUUAAAACCAUUGCACUGCAUGAGGGCGACAUUCUGAACCUGAAGCAACAGCUCAUUAAAUAUCAGCAGACUUGCAACGAGGCUGAGCUGCUGAAUGAGCGCGUUAAGCAAACGGAGCGUGAACUGGCCAACAUUAAAAAGGAAGCCAACAACUAUCAGAACAUGUUGCAGCAAUCGCAGGCACAGUAUUUGGUGCUGGAAAAGAAGUACAGUCGGGUUAAGAAAAUACUGCGCGACUAUCAGCACCGGGAAAGGGAUAUGAUUCAGUUCCAGGAGUAUUACUUGCAACAUCUGCAAGAGAAAGACACCGAGUACAAUGCGCUGGUGAAGAAGCUAAAGGAUCGCGUCAUCAGCCUUGAGCAAGAGUUGCAAGAAACGCAGCGAAAAGCCGGCUUCCCGGUGAUACUGCCGUACGACAGUGCCAGUCUGAAGCUGACGCCUCAGAUGUCCCGCCGCCAACCGCCCAAACCCGUCUUCCAGAAGCUGGAAACGGAUCUUUCCGAUACCGAGUUCAGCGAUCUUUCACCGGACGGUGAAGGCGAGGACGGUAAAACGGCAACUGUCGAGCGCAAGGUGCCUCCGUCAGCCAAGGACGACGAUCUAGACGUUGCCGUGCCACAGCAUGAGUUGUUAGAUAACUCACUGAACAAGGGGAAAAGCGAUUUGGUUGCGAGAGGUGGAUUAGCGAAGCGUAAUCUGCCGGGUAAACGGAGUCACAGUAAUAGCGGUUCGGAUUGUGCCCUGGAUGAAAGCGACGAGGAGGGUCAUAUGACGAGAAGUACAACCGGUACGGAAGGUUCGCACGAGUACAGUGGGCUGUACAGUACGCCGCAGAUCGUGAAUCGUAAGGUGGCCACACUGAAGGGAGAAGACUCCGGUCCGCCAGUGUAUGCCCAGGUGAACAAAGAUCGUAGCUCCGCGGGUGGGCACACAGAUCAACAGCAGCACACGACGAUACCGAACAUUUACCGUACCGCUGUUGGGUCGGAUAAUGGGAAGCUAAACUCGAGCUACGGUUCGGAUCUGAAUGCAUCUUCGUACGAUAGCGAUCUCGGUUCGUCGACGGAUAAGCUGAAGGAUAGUGGACUAUCGAGCGAUAGCUGGAUGUACCCAAGCCGGCGGCCGAAGGGCCUGAAAGGCAUUACACCGCCACUGUUAGCGGAGCAACUGAAGGAGCGGCUGGCGGAACGCGAAGGUCGCCGUGGUUCCGGUGGUGGGUUGAUCGAUGACGGGUCGUCGCGCGACUCUAGCGACGAUUAUUCCGAGAUCAACCAACAGCAAAGACACAUCAGUCCGGCAGCAUCGCUGUCGCAAAAUUUGCUGGUGGAAAUCAAGAAAGCUGUCAACGAAGCACAACCGAAAGUGAAAAACAUACUUCCACAAAAUUUAUCUCCUCCAGGCGGAAAUGGUCCAUGGCAGCAGCAGCCACAGCAGGGACAAUCCACCAGCGGUGGCCCGGCGGCAGGAUCGCAGGGCCCUCCAUCACCGUCGAGCGUCUCGAGCGGAUCGACCUCACCCGGCGCCUACUCGCCGAGCCGUACGCUUGACCUUUCUGGUUCAACGUCUAGCUUCUCAAGCGAUCGCAUCCGUGAUACACACCAGUGGAAAAACGGUCCCGUCGAAGAGUGGUCAAAUGAACAGGUAUGCCAAUGGUUGCUCGGCAUCGGUCUUGAUCAUCAUAUACCGGCCUUCAUGCAGCACUCGGUCGAGGGUGGCGCACUGCUACAGCUCGACAAACCAGACUUUAAGAUAUUAAACGUGGGCGGAGACGACAAGAAGCUACUGAAGCGCAACAUUAAGGAACUGCGCCGACUGAACGAAAAGGAACGCAAACAGAACGAAAAGGAGCGACGUGAACGCGAAAAACUGUUCAAAAAAGCAGAAAAGAAGGCCGAAAAGGAGCAGAAGAAGCGAUACCAAAAGUAAGGGGUCGCGUGCGGACAUUCGGAAAAUGAUAUGCAUUUAGAAGUGAACUCGUUUUAUGAGAUAAGGUAAGGUACGGAACAGGGGGAAUGGUUACGAAACGCGCCUUUUGCACUCAUUUCCAUCGGUAUAUUCGGCCUGGAGAGCAGGACGAACAACAGCAGUGUGUGCUCUAGAGUGUUAGUGGGGCGUGUAACUGCUGCAUGACAAAACAGAGACAUUUGCGAGGAAACGCUAUGCAGGAUAGUUGUUCACAUUCAUUUGCCCCUUUGGGGUUGUGUUUUUCCUGCACGCACCACUAAUAACCGAAAAGGGAACUUAUUUUUUCGUCUGAAAAAAUGUAUUUAGUUAAUUGUAAUAGUUACUGUGUUUAGUUUUUUGUGAAUAUUAUACUAAUGCGGGAUGACGAGUUACCGCGACGAGGGUAUUAGUGUACCUUCCACGGUAACGCAAUGGAGGCGUUACUUUUUAGUUAGCUUUUGUUUGCUGUGUUUAAGAUGUGUGCAGUUUUUUUUGUUUAAGUUUUCGUUUUAAUUAUACUACGCAUUGUGCGUUCGCGUGUGUUGGCUAUAAUUUAUUUAUUUAAAUUGAUAUUGCAUACUACAGCGAUUCCCGUGUUACUGUGCGGGAACCUAUACUCCGUGUAAAGACUCGCAUGCUAAGCAAGAGGUUCUAGAAAAAAUAAAAUUUAACCAUGGUAGCUAUGAUCAAAAAUAUCUUUAAAGUAAAGCAAUUUACUGCAGAAAACAACUUCUACGCUGUUCUGGGGCCUGUUGUUUUGGUACUCAGCGUGCAACGGAAAGCCAACCGUAGCCAGCCGCAUUACAUUCGUCUUUGUACUGGGAGCUGAUAGAUCCGGAUAGAAAAGCAACAAAACGAUAUAGGAAAGAAGCUACACCUUCCUGCCGUUCUGCCGUUAAACAGGAUGAAAGUGCACUAUUAAGCUUAGUUGAGUAGUGAUUGGUGGUGAACUUCGUAUGAUAAUUUAUUAAUUAAGAUACGCAGGCAGAAUGGCGCCACAGGUACACAAAUGUAACAAUUGUAUGAUGUAAUCAUUAUCGAUAGAAGAAAACAACUCCAAAACGAGAAACACAUGCGUGCGUGGCUGGUUAAUUUUGGUUGAUCGAUCGGCGCGGGAGCGCAUGUGUGAGUGAGUGUGUGUCAUAAGAAUUAAUCGGCCCCAAUAUAUAUACAUAUAUAAAUGGUGGACACGUUGUGCAGCACCGAUUUAAACCAAACCGUGCACAUCACUCCAAUCUCGUAUCCUUUCCCUCCUUCCGCAAGGAAAUGCACCUUCUAUCAUCGUUGUAGUGAAUUAGAUUAGGCGGAAAUGAAACGACAAGAAAUAAAUUGUAGUAAAAAUGAUACUUUUAUAUGCAACACCAUUUGCAUACGUACAGGAGACACAUACACAAGUAUAACACACAUAAGUAUCGAGUAGAUGGUUCGUUCGUGUACAACAACUCGGAGCCGCAGCAAACAUAAAGCGAACGAGAGGAAGGAUCACACAAUAAAUUGUGACAGUCGAACAGGUUUAUCGUUUCUCGUAUUUGUUUUUCUUUACUUCAAUAUUGUUUUUCAUAAUUGUGUUAUAUCACUUUUCAUUGUUAUAUAUUUUGUUUUAAAAAUUGUCAAGCGCUUCUUUUCUUUCUGUUCUGUUAAAUGUUCUGCUGUCGCAGCCUGUUUGUUGGAAACGUUUCUUUUGACAUCACCGAUGCCAAAUUGCGCAAUGGGAGCCAAUGGGAAGAAUUUUACGAGCUGAUAGCGUGUAUACGGUAUCCCGUAGGUUGCCAUAUGGUGAAGGGGCCCGCCCUAUCGAAUCGCGCCGCCGAGCUACCCAUUAACCUUUCGACAUAUUGUUUCGGUCAUAUGUGGCGUGGCGUUUUUCAGUUUUUUUUAUGUGUGUAUUUUUUUUUCGUGUUAGCCGAUGAAAAGAAAACCUUACAGAGAUGUAAUUGUUGGGCAUCUGACCCUAGGGACCGUUCACCAUCCCAUGCCGUCUGGUGGUGUGCUAACGAAUCAGCUUUGACCUACGGUCGAUGUCGAUCGUCUGUGAGAGGCAAACGAUUAGAAAAUUAUCUGUUGCUUGUAAAACCGCACAGCAAAGAAUCCCGCCAUCAUGGAUGAUGGGGUGGCAGUUAUGACAUGCAUUGUUCGUACGCCGAACGGGAGGAAUUCUGAGGCACCGGAACGGCCUUAGCAUAAUUUUGCCGCUAGUGUCCAGUGGAUUUAUUUUGCGUAUCAACAAUUAGAAUGACGGACAAGCUUGAUGUUUGGCAUGAGUCGAGGCAGCUCCAUUUCAAACAUGGUUGACAUGUUUGGAAUACAAUGUUCAACGAAUGAACCCGUUUAGUUUUGUCCGAUAAUCAAGCACACGCCCGACGGUGACGAAACACGUUCAACAACAUUCACUUAGAGGAAAAAGGAAAUAAAGUAAGGCCCAAACUUAAAGAAAGAAAAUGCUGAUAAAAUGUAGAUCUAAACAUCCACCACCGCCAAAUGACAAAAUCAACUGAUGAUAACUACCAGAAACCAAACACAACACAGGCACAAAACACUCGUCGGACGACAGGGAUAGUAACUAAAUGAGGCGACCGGAAGAAUCGAUACAACUAUUCAACGGUAAACGUGAGAAGAAACCUGAAAACAAACCCCCUCCUCAAACACAGUUGUCCAAUUUUUGUAUUAACCUUUUGAACACACUUUUGCUCCACAGUAACGGUAACGGUAGUAGUGUCCCUGCAACACGUUGUAUGAGAAUCACCCAGUUUGUUUGAUGAAUGAAUGCUAAACGAAAAUGGACGGAAUUCUUAUCCCAGAACCAAUAUCUACACAAAAAGUGCUCAUUUGAUAUUUUAGUGAAUUUAAGCAAAAUAUGCUGCAAAGGGAGAAACAAACGGAUCAAUGGAACAAAACAAAAGAGAAGAAAAAAAACCACUCAAAUCAGAAUCGGAGAUCUCUUUAAAAAAGUAAACCUUUUAAGAAUAAAAAAAAACAAGCAAACACACAUUUUUACCCUUUUCUUACUUCAAUUCUACUACCAUAAUGCUAUCUAGAAGGAAAAGUUAAAAUUUAUCAUACAAACGCGAAAUAUAAAAACAUAAAGAACAAACCAUUACAGACACUAGAGUAACUAGAAAUGCCUAACAUCGUCAACUGAUUGCUGAUUGUAACAAUUUCUUCCACCAGUUGCAGAGAGCCUAGAAAAGCACCAAGCCAUGAAAACAAAACAAAUGAUUACUGAAAUGAAUGUUUGUAUACAGUAAAAGAUGAAGUUCGAAUCGAAUAUAAAUGAAUGAAAGGAAGAAAGGAAGUACAACGUUGCUCAAUCGAUUAAACAGUUGGCAAAUGGGUGAAAGUGAUUGAGUUGAAAAAGAAAGCGAACUAAUGUGGCAACAGGCUCGUUAAGCUGGAAAAAGCAAACAUGAAACAUAAGUAUUAAUCUGGACAAAAGAAGAUAUAAAUGAG